AUGUCAAUUACCCCUAGUAAUCUUUAUCCUCCGCAUCCAGCUACUGUCAGAGCACAGUCGCUCCACUUAUCUUAUGAUGCAAAAAACGAUCGAAUUGCGUAUCCAAGUGGAAGAUCAAUUAUUGUUAGACCAUUAGAUCCCAAAAACGGAGUUGCUAAACAAUUCACUAAACAUAUUCAUCCAACAACUGUGGCAACCUUUUCACCUUCUGGGAACUACGUAGCUUCUGGGGAUGAAUCAGGAGCUGUGAAAAUUUGGGAUGUAACCGUUACCGGUGAAGAAAGUUUUGAACAACCAUAUAUUAAAAGCGAAUUUCAAAUUCUUUCUGGGCCAAUUAAGUCAAUUGCCUGGGAUGGGGAUAGUUCCAGAGUGAUUGCUGUUGGUGCUGGUAAGGAUAAGUUUGGACACUGUUUUACUUGGGAUUCUGGUAAUUCUAUUGGUGAGAUUCAAGGUCAUUCUGAUACUAUUAAUGCAGUUGAUAUAAAACCUCAAAGACCUUAUAGAGCUGCCACUGUUAGUGAUGAUAAGGCUUUGGUUUUUUAUAACGGACCUCCUUUCAAAUUCGAUAAAAGUUUAAGAGGAUAUCAUACAAAUACUGUCAGAGCAGUUAAAUUUUCUCCGGAUGGUAAAUUCUUAGUUAGUGUUGGUUCUGAUAGAACUAUUGUUAUAUAUGAUGGUAAAACUGGUGAAUUCGUUAAAAAAGUUGAAGGCGCUCAUAAUGGUGGUAUCUUUGGAUUGAGUUGGUAUAAAGAUUCUUCAGCAUUUGUUACUGCCUCGGCUGAUAACACUUUAAAAGUAUGGAAUUUAGAUUUUGAAUCUACAAAAACUUAUGUGAUUGAUUCAAAAGUGUCAGUAGAAAAUCAACAGGUUUCAGUUAUAGUCGCUAAUGAUUAUAUUGUUUCUCUUUCUCUAAAUGGUAAUUUGAAUUAUUUCAAAGAAGAAACUAAUCCAUCAUUUGUGAUACCUGGCCAUCAAAAAUCAUUAACUGCCAUUUAUUACGGUGAUGGCCUAUACACUGGUGGCUCUGAUGGUACCAUAAUGAAAUGGAAUGUUAAAGAUACUAUUGACCCUAUUCCAGAAUCAGUUAGAGCCCAUUCUAAUUAUAUUGCAAGUAUCACCGAGUUUGGAUCUAUUGUUUCUGCGGGUUGGGAUGAUACUUUGAAAACCAAUUCUAAAUCACUUGGUUUAUCUGGGCAACCUAAACAAUUGAUUAAAAAUGAUAAAGAAUUAUUUGUUUUAUAUGAAUCAAAGGUAGAAGUUUACAAUUCUUCAUUUGAAAAAACUAAUGAAAUUGAUUUACCAUUCAGUUCAUCCAACUUUGAUACUUUUUCCAAUAAACUUUUAAUUACUAAUGAAUCAAAAAAUACCAUCGAGGAGUAUACCGCGUUAUCCCAUUCGAAAACUUAUCCGGCCUUACGUUCUCCACCUUCCUUGAUCAGAAUUUCUCCAGAUGGUGAAUUGGCAGCUGUUUCAGAUACCUCUGGUAAAUAUACUUUAUACAAAACUUCAGAUGGAUCAGUUGUCACUACCCGUUGGGCAUUCCAUACUAGUAAAGUUAUCGAUGCCAAAUGGACUAAAGAUUCAAAAUUUUUGAUCAGUGGUGGUUUAGAUAGUGGCUUAUUUCUUUAUUCUGUAGAUAAACCUUCGAAAGUUUUGAAAUUUCCUUUAGCCCAUCAAAAUGGGGUGACUGGACUCGAGUGGAUUUCCUAUGAUGGAAAGAAUGGUGUUUUUGUCAGUAUUGGUCUGGACGGUGUCCUCAAAUCUUGGGAUGUUGAUCUUAGUGUAUAUUAAACUUUACCAUGAAAUUAGAAUUUUUAGAUGUCGUUUUCUCAAUAUAUAUCCAUUUCUGAUAAGUUCAAUGAAGC